CUGAAAUCUUGGCGGUCGAGUCGGCACCCUCGCUGCCGAUUCGGUUCAGGCGGCGCGCGGCACUAACCGAACCCGCCGCAUCUUACCAACCUCCAGGGGGGACCGGGAGAUGGAAUGCUGGGGCUGCCGAGUGUGGCGGGUAAAGUUUCAGCCGCGGCACCCAAUUCGGCAGUGGAAUGGUCGUGACCCUCUUAUCAGAUCGCCCUAAAAGGCUUAUCCCCUCCUUGGUCCGGUUCAACCCUGGGAUUUCUCGCGGGAUCUAUGAUGGCGGACUCAAAAGAGAAAGUAACGCUGACCACUGGGUCUGUUGAUGCCAAGAGCGAACAAAUCUCGCAGCCACCGCAGAAUGAACCCGGUAGCACGCAGCCACCUAGAAAUGAAUCGGCCACAGAGCCUGCCUAUCCGAAAUGGCACUACGUCGCCAUCGUGGCAGCCGGCUGCCUCAUCAUGAUGACCACCUGCUCCUUCGUCUUCGCCUUCGGAGUCUACCAAUCCCUGUACGAGGAGAUGGCAGCGCAGCCCAACACCCCCUUCACGGGCGCUUCGACGGCGCUCAUCGAUCUCAUCGGCACUCUAGCCAUCGCGCUCAUGUCCAUGGCCGGACCCUACGCCACCGCCUGGUCGAAGCAAUACUCACCGCAAGCCGUCAUCAUCGCCGGCGGCUGGGUAUUUGGGGUCGCCUACAUCCUGGCCAGCUUCAGCCGGGCCCUAUGGCAUUUCGCCCUAACGCAGGGUCUUCUUCUCGGGGUUGGAUGCUGUCUUGCCUACGUGCCCACCAUGUCCGUGGCCCCGACCUGGUUCAGCGCCCGCCGCGGCCUGGCCAUGGGGGUGAUCAUCUCCGGCACGGGGAUAGGCGGCAUGAUGUGGCCACCGGUCCUGCGGGCGAUGAUCUCGCACAUCGGUUUCCGCAAUGCCCUCCGUUUGUCUGGCUGUAUUGCCACGACCAUCGUAACGGGCGCUGGCGCCGUCCUACGCUGGGAACCACGGUUCCACGCCAACCUGAAAGCCCGGCAGCAGGAGCAACUCACAUCCAACCCCAGCAGCACCUCUUCCAGAACGCAGUGGAAGCAGCUCCUCACCGUCCCCCUCGUCGACCGCACCACCGCGUUUUCUGCACGUUUCCUCGCCCAAGCAUCCGGCUGCUUCCUGCAAUCCGCCGGGUACACGACCCCGCUCUUCUUCUACGUCGCCUUCGCCCAGACCCUGGGCUACAGCACCACCACGGCCGCCACCUUCCUGACGGUGAGCAAUGCCUCGAACUUCGUCUCGCGGAUCGUGCUCGGCUACCUCGCCGAUAAAUUCGGCCGGAUCAACGCCCUCGCCACGACCACGCUCGUGAGCGCCGUGGCGGUCUUCGCCUUCUGGCUACCUGCCACGUUUUCUCCAGAUGACGGGGUCUCUGACGCAGCUGCGCGCGGCUGCUUCAUCGUGUUCACGGUGCUGUACGGGGCGUUUGCGAGCGCGUACAUCUCGCUGUUCCCGGCGUCGUUGGUGGAGGUGUUCGGGGUGGACAAGUUCACGAGCGUGAACGGGGUGCUGUAUCUGAUCCGGGGGAUGGGGGCGCUGGUGGGCACGCCGUUGGUGGGGCUGUUGAUCCCCGAGCGCACGGCGCUAGUCGAGGCCGGGGCGUAUCGGCGGGCGGCGGGGACGGUGGGCGCGUUGCUGAUGGCUGCGGCUGCGGCGUGUUUCUGGGUAAGGUGGGAGAUGAGAGGUAGUAAUCCGGGGUGGAGGGUGUAGUUUGUGAUACUCCAUAAUGGAAAGAGUGGUCGUGCACAUUAGAACGAUAGAGAUCGAUUAAGACUAACCUAUAAUACAGCCCGCCAUAUUAUCGUAACUAAGGUAGGACUUGGAUUGAGGUUGAGGUUGAGGUUGCC